CGGGGGAUUCUUUGUGUGCCGUACCCUCAAGCCGGAAGUUGUUGGUAUCCAUCAAAUAUUUCAUACGUAGCUAGCUAACUGAAUGGAUGAUUUAUCGCCCAUCUAAUUGGGGUGCAUUUAUAACUAAUGCCUUCCCCAAAAAGUCAUAAAUGAAGAAAUUGGUGCCUCACAAGACCUAAUACUAGUAACGACGUUAUUCCCGCCGGCGGGUUGCCAUGGCUACUAGGAUGAAGUUAAAACUGAAGACUGUGUUUGUACUCUACUUCAUGGUCUCACUCAUGGGCCUCAUCUACGCUCUCAUGCAGCUUGGCCAGCGCUGUGACUGUGCAGAGCAUGACAUGCCCAAGGACCGUACUAUCUCUCGUCUGCGGGGGGAACUGCAUCGGCUGCAGGAGCAGAUGAGGAAGGCUGAGCCCACCAAACCCCCCCAGAAACUAGCAGUGAAACCGUCCCAACCCACCAUCUACGUCAUCACACCAACCUACACCAGGUUUGUCCAGAAAGCAGAGUUAACCCGGCUUGCCCAGACGUUCCUCCAUGUCCCUCAGCUCCACUGGAUCCUGGUGGAAGACUCUCCCCAUAAAACCCCUCUGGUCUCUGGGUUCCUGGCCUCCAGCGGCCUGGCCUACACACACCUCCACACCCCCACGCCACGCGACCGCAAACUACAGGAGGGUGACCCUAGCUGGUUGAAGCCCCGCGGGGCGGAGCAGAGGAACGAGGGGCUGCGGUGGCUGAGAGAGGACAGGAGGGGGCAGCCUGGAGCAGACACACAGCUGGGGGUGGUCUACUUCGCUGAUGACGACAACACAUACAGCCUAAAGCUCUUUGAGGAGAUGCGCGGUACCCAGCGUGUGUCUGUGUGGCCAGUCGGCCUGGUGGGAGGGAUGAGAUAUGAGAGACCUGUGGUCGAGGCGGGGAAGGUUGUACGCUUCCAUACUGGCUGGCGCCCCAGCCGCCCCUUCCCAUUGGACAUGGCUGGCUUCGCCGUGUCGCUCAAGCUGGUGAUAGCCAAUCAGGACGCAUGUUUCGACGGCGACGCACCGAUGGGGUUCCUGGAAAGCAGCUUCCUGCAGGGAUUGGUUACCAUGGACGAACUGGAACCGAAGGCGGAGAAUUGUACUAAGGUGUUGGUGUGGCACACGCGGACAGAGAAGCCCAAGAUGAAGCGAGAGGAAGCGCUUCAGAAACAAGGCCUGGGUUCUGAUACUGCUGUAGAGGUGUGAGGACCAGACACCAUACAACUACACACACACACACUACAUCUGCUUUAAAACAUUCCAUGCGUCUGAAAAAGGCUCCCUGUAUAGUGCAAUACUUUUGUCCAGAGCCCUAUGGGUCUCUCUAGCUGUAAGGGUUCACUUUAUGGGUCUCUCUAGCUGUAAGGGUUCACUUAAUGGGUCUCUCUAGCUGUAAGGGUUCAUUUAAUGGGUCUCUUUAGCUGUAAGGGUUCACUUUAUGGGUCUCUCUAGCUGUAAGGGUUCACUUAACUUAAGAAUCUGACCCUUUUUUUUCAAUUUUCGCCUAAAAUGACAUACCCAAAUCUAACUGCCUGUAGCUCAGAACCUGAAGAAAGGAUAUGCAUUUUCUUGGUACCAUUUGAAAGGAAACACUUUGAAGUUUGUGGAAAUGUGAAAGGAAUGUAGGAGAAUAUAACACAUUAGAUCUGGUAAAAGAUAAUAAAAACAACAUUUUUUUUUCCUUUUUGUACCAUCAUCUUUGAAAUGCAAGAGAAAGGCCAUAAUGUAUUAUUCCAGCACAGGUGCAGUUUAGGUAUUGGCCACUAGAUGGCAGCAGUGUAUGUGCAACGUUUUAGUCUGAUUUGCAUUUCUGUUCAAAAUUUUGUAUCAAGACUGCCCAAAUGUGCCUAAUUUGUUUAUUAAUAACUUUUCAUGUUCAAAACUGUGCACUCUCCUCAAAACAAUAGCAUGGUAUUAUUUCACUGUAAUAGCUACUGUAAAUUGGACAGUGCAGUUAAGAUUAACAAGAAUUUAAACUUUCUGCCCAUAUCAGAUAUGUCUAUGUCCUGGGAAAUGUUCUUGUUACAUACAACCUCAUGCUAAUCACAUUAGCCUACGUUAGCUCAACCGUCCCGCAGGGGACCGAUCUCUCGAGCUGUAAGGCUUUCCCAAACCCCCCCCCACGUUUAGGAUUUUGCCCUAGCUGAUUUUUAAAUAACCAACUCAUCACUAAGCUUUGGUUAUUUGAAUCAGCUGUGUAGAUGUUAGGGCAAAAACCAAAAGGUGCACCCAGGGGAGGGGGGGUUGGGAAACCCUGUUCCAGCUAGCUGUACUAUGCUGAUGCUGUAUAUGGAACUAACAAGAUAUUCUUAGUGGUACACUAUCCUCUAUAUGUGUUUACGGAAUAGGGUGGCAUUUAGGAUGCAGACACAAUGUACAUAAUGUAAGAUAUUAUCUGAAGGCUGUUUUUAAGACCAGUCAACCUAUUUAAAUUUGUCGUAACUGUGACUGUGUUUGUGUAUGUAGUUCCAGUUAAAAGUUUGGACACACCUACUCAUUCAAGGGUUUAAAAAAAAAAUGAAAAAAAAAGUUCCUUUUCUACAUUGUAGAAUAAUAGUAAAGACAUCAAAAGAACACAAAUGGAAUCCU